GAUAAGUAAUUUGAAAAGAAAUAGAUUACGCCCUUUCAAAUAGCUAAAGUUAAUAAGACUAUCAUUAAUGAAAUAUAUUAUACAAUGGCAAGUAUACUGUAUUCCAAAGAAACACUAUGCUCAAUAUUUGUGCAUAAUUGAUCUUAUCUCUGCCAUAGUUACAGAAGCAGGUGUGUUUCCUAAGUCUUUAAAACUGUGAGAUUAGCACUAGUAGAGGCAAGAAGUCCUUAUUGGCUCAAAGAACUACAGGGAAAUUAGGUUACAACUUUGUGAAUUAUAGUAGAACCUGAGGAGUGAGGUGAAUCACAUCUUCAUUUGCAGAACUUACUUGCAGGGCUCAUCUGGAUCUAGAAGAAAUGGAUGAGAACCACAGGAUGACUUUCACUAAUACUAGACACCUGAAACUUCCAGUAAUGUAUCUGUGAUUGAUCUUUGCUAAGUAUGGAUUCAGGUGGUGGAAGUCUUGGAUUACAUACAUCAGAUUCUAAAAUGGCCCAUACCAUGAUUAUGCAGGAUUUUGUAGGUGGAAUGGCUGGUACUGCACAUAUCGAUGGAGACCAUAUUGUUGUUUCAGUUCCUGAGGCUGUAUUAGUUUCUGAUGUGGUCACAGAUGAUGGGAUAACUCUUGAUCCUGGCUUAGCAGCUGAAGUUGUACAUGGGCCUGAUAUCAUAACUGAGACUGACAUAGUAACAGAAGGUGUAAUUGUUCCUGAAGCUGUACUUGAAGCUGAUGUUGCAAUUGAAGAAGAUUUAGAAGAAGCUGAUAGUGAUCAUAUUUUGACUUCUGAAAUAAUCACAGAGACUGUUAGAGUACCUGAGCAGGUGUUUGUGGCUGACCUUGUUACUGGUCCAGAUGGACACUUGGAACAUGUGGUCCAAGAUUGUGUUUCUGGAGUUGACUCUCCCACAGUGGUAUCAGAGGAGGUUCUUGUUACAAAUUCAGAUACAGAAACUGUGAUUCAGGCCACUGAUGGUAUUCCUGGUUCUACGGUUACAAUUAAAACUGAAGAUGAUGAAGAUUAUGAUGAUGAUGAUGAAGAUGAUGAAGAAGAUGAUGUCAAAAGCACUUCUGAAGAUUAUUUGAUGAUAUCUUUGGAUGAUGUUGGUGAAAAAUUAGAGCAUAUGGGAAACACACCAUUAAAAAUGGGCAAUGAUGAAGGACAAGAAGAUGUUAAGGAAGAUGGAUUUGGUUCAGAAGUAAUAAAAGUGUACAUAUUCAAAGCUGAGGCUGAAGAUGAUGUAGAAAUAGGUGGGACAGAAAUUGUUACAGAGAGUGAGUACACUAACGGACAUUCUGUAACAGGAGUGCUUGAUCAGAACCGAAUGCAGCGGGAGAAGAUGGUUUACAUGGCUGUUAAAAAUUCUUCACAAGAAGAUGAUGAAAUCAGUUGCGCUGAAAUAGCAGAUGAAGUUUACAUGGAAGUCAUUGUAGGGGAAGAGGAAGGAACUUCUCUCCCUGAGAAUCAGCUUGAACACUCUGAUGUUAAUAAAACAAUUGUCCCUGUUGUCUGGGCUGCGGCAUAUGGAGAUGAAAGAAGAGCUUCACGAAGGUAUGAAGAUUGCCAAGCAUCAGGAAAUACUUUGGAAUUAGCAUUAGAAAACAAAAAUAGUAUGGCAGCACAGUACCUUCAAAUUUGUGAUAACAUUAAUACAAACAAAGUGCUUAAACAAAAGUCUAAAAAGAGGAGAAGAGGAGAAACCAGGCAGUGGCAAACAGCUGUUAUAAUAGGUCCUGAUGGACAGCCCCUGACAGUGUACCCUUGCCAUAUUUGUACAAAAAAGUUUAAAUCUAGAGGAUUCUUGAAAAGGCACAUGAAAAAUCAUCCUGAUCAUUUGAUGCGAAAAAAAUAUCAGUGCACAGAUUGUGACUUUACAACUAAUAAGAAAGUGAGUUUCCAUAACCAUUUAGAAAGCCAUAAGCUUAUUAAUAAAGUUGACAAAACUCAUGAAUUUACUGAAUACACACGAAGAUACAGAGAAGCCAGUCCACUGAGUUCAAAUAAACUUAUAUUAAGGGACAAGGAGCCAAAGAUGCACAAAUGCAAAUACUGUGACUAUGAAACUGCAGAACAAGGACUUCUAAACAGACACUUACUAGCUGUUCACAGCAAGAAUUUUCCUCAUGUUUGUGUAGAGUGUGGUAAGGGCUUUAGACAUCCUUCAGAGCUCAAGAAGCAUAUGAGAACCCAUACUGGUGAAAAGCCAUAUCAAUGUCAGUACUGUGUCUUCAGGUGUGCAGAUCAGUCCAAUUUAAAAACUCAUACUAGGUCUAAACAUGGUAACAAUUUGCCAUAUAAAUGUGAACAUUGUGCCCAAGCAUUUGGUGAUGAGAGAGAACUUCAGCGCCAUCUGGAUUUGUUUCAAGGACAUAAGACACAUCAAUGUCCUCAUUGUGACCAUAAGAGCACCAAUUCAAGUGACCUUAAGCGGCACAUCAUAUCUGUCCAUACUAAGGAUUUUCCUCACAAAUGUGAGGUUUGUGAUAAAGGUUUUCAUCGUCCUUCUGAGCUCAGAAAGCAUAGUGAGAUCCAUAAAGGUAGGAAGAUUCAUCAAUGUAGGCACUGUGAUUUUAAAACGUCAGAUCCAUUUAUUCUUAGUGGACAUAUCCUUACAGUUCAUACUAAGGAUCAGUCAUUGAAGUGUAAAAGGUGCAAGAGAGGGUUCAGGCAACAAAAUGAACUAAAAAAGCAUAUGAAGACCCAUAUUGGAAGGAAGAUUUACCAAUGUGAAUAUUGUGAAUACAGCACUACAGAUGCAUCUGGCUUUAAACGACAUGUGAUAUCAAUACACACGAAAGACUAUCCACACAGAUGUGAAUUCUGCAAGAAGGGAUUCCGAAGACCAUCAGAAAAAAAUCAGCAUAUUAUGAGACAUCACAAGGAGGCUCUUUUGUAGUAGGGUCAAUAUCAAGAAAGAGGCUAUUUAGAAAGUAUGAUAAGUUACUUGAGAGAAAAAUCGCACAAACUCACCUGACAAAGCUUGAUAUUAAUUCAUAACUUUACAUUCUUUGCAUUGAAGAUAUUAAGAUAUUUGAAUUGAAAGAGAAUCUCAUAGUGCUUUGAAAAUAUACUUAAAUAAUUUAAUAAACAUUGAAUUGUGGGAAAACUUCUUAAACCUCUAUUUAAUAGUAUUAUGCAUUAUUAAACUACAGAGGAAAAUAAAAAAUAACUAAUUUGCUUAUCGUACCAGAAAUAAUUGUUUUCAAGAAGAUCAUAUAUAAUUGAGUUUAGCAGUGCUUUGCCAUGACAAACAAGCCUCACGUUUAUGCAAUUUUAGAAACAGGCUGGGGAAAUAAAAUACAGUCAUUCAUGAGUCACUUAGUAAUAGAAUCUUUUAUAUAAAAUCUUGAAAUUAAAUUUCCAAAAUGGCAAAUGCUUUUAGUAUUAAACUUCACCGGGAAAUUGAUUAUAUUAAACCAGUGUUAUUUUGUAAAAUAAUUUUCAGAGCUGCUAAAAUUUUUAUCACAGUAUAGGAUGUUAAAAUACAGCAUACUGUGAUAAAAUUUUAGAUCAAUUGUUAAGGAAGAAAACUCCCUUUUUUGUUGUUUUUGGGUCACACCUGGUGGUACUUAGGGGUUACUCCUGGCUCUGCACUCAGAAAUCACCACUGGCAGGCUCAGGGGACCAUAUGAGACGCCCGGGAUGGAGCCCAGAUUGGCUGCGUGCAAGGCAAAUGCUCUACCCACUCUGUACUAUUGCUCUGGAAAGCUCCCUCUUUUCUGAUGUUCAAUUUGAUUGUUUUCAGUCUGGCAUAUCUGAAAAGGUAUAUUUGAGUCAUUUGACUUUAUAGUGUUACAAACAAAGUUAAGACUUUAUUUCUUAAUUAACUAAAGAUUAAUUUGAGAAAAAACAGUUUCCUUAACUAUUACAAUGUUUAGAGGGUGAUUUUAAGACAGCCUUAGCAGUAUGAUCUAGUAUUAUUUUUCUAAUGUUUAAAGGUGCAAUUUUAUGCCAUUAUUGAGAGUUUUAAUUUUUAAGAUCUGUAUACCAUAUCAUUAAUCAAAUGAUCAAUAUGUGGCAGCAUGAUGCAGUAUUUAGCAGAAUAAUAUACUGCCAAUAGACUUUGAAUGUGAAUAUUCAUUUUAUAGUGUAUACAUUUAAAAUAUGCAUCACUUUAACAAUGCUUUGCAUUAGCAUGCUGCAAAUCAAAAUGGCGCUUACUAAAAUACUGAUUUAAGAAAUUUAAUUAAAAACUGUUUAUAUAUUUAAAGCAUAUGAUGUGUACUUUUAUGUUUUAGUUGAUUCAUAUUUACACUUAGCUGUUAAACGUAACUAAAAGGUAACUUUAACUUUUAAUUAAACGAUUAAAAGCACUCUUGUGGCUUUGUGUUUUAAAUAAUGUUUGUCUUUCUGUUUUUGCACCAGGUAAGAAUAAGUUUUUGGAGAAUAAACUUUUUAUCUUUUUUAAUACCAGAAUGUUAAUUUGGGAAAUCUAAAAUUGUGUGUUAUGUGGCUGUAAAUGAUGUACACAAUGUAAAAUAAGAUUGUCAAUGUCAAAUGUUACAUGAGAUUAUUAGUUCUAAAUGUUAUUCAUUGAAAUGAACAAGCAUACAAUAAAAAGCAUUUAUUGAA